CUUCAGUGUUGUUGCUCUUGCAAUUUCCGCGCAUGUUGGACGGAUUCCUUUAUUUGUGACAUUUCGCCUUGUGCGCAAAGAGGCGUUGCGUGGCAAUUCUUUUCAGUUGCUCUGAGGUCAUUGUGCGUGACACACAUGUACUGACCUCCUGGCAGGUAGAUUUGUUCGUUGAGUUUGCUGGGGGUGCACUGUGACUGCCAUGCUUCUCCUCAUUGUGGCAAGGUUGUCCGAUGCAGUUUGGCUUGAAGGCUUCGAGGUCUUUUUUUGCCGAUCGGUCGCAAUGCUGCGCGUGGUGGCAACUUGGAUGGGCGUGGCUGCGCAGCAGGUGGGGACCCACGUGGAAGAGUUCCACCCGGAGAUGCCGCUUUGGACCUGCGACGGCGCCGGGUGCGCCAAGGAGGUGAAGUCCGUAGUGUUGGACUCCAACUGGCGAUGGAUCCACAACGGCCAGUACACCAACUGCUACAAGGACGGCGACUGGGAUCCUACGCUGUGCCCGGACCCGGUGACUUGUGCUGCGAAUUGCCAUAUGGAGGGCAACUCGGAGGAGCAGUACAAGAAGACCUAUGGCAUCAAAACCCUGGAUGACGGGCUUAGGCUGGACUUUGUGAGCACUACCAAGUACGGCUCCAACUUUGGGUCGCGUGUGUACAUGCUUGACACCGCUGACAAGUACAAGGUCUUCAAGCUGAAGAACCGAGAGUUCACCCUGACGGUGGACAUGUACUACAUGCCCUGCGGCCUCAACGGCGCGGUCUACUUUGUGGAGAUGGACGCGGACGGGGGCAAGGCCAAUGCGGAGAAGUCUGGGGGCAACAACAAGGCGGGUGCCAAGUAUGGCACCGGAUACUGCGACGCGCAGUGCCCGCACGAUAUGAAGUUCAUGCAGGGCAAGGCCAAUGUCGUGGGGUGGAACGCCAGCCAUACCCCUCCCAUCGGGAAGUGGGGAGCUUGCUGCGCCGAGAUGGACAUUUGGGAGGCCAAUAGCAAGGCCACGGCCUACACGCCCCACCCUUGCUCCUUCACCGGAGUCUAUGUUUGCGAGGGGGUAGACUGUGGCGACAACGCCAAGGAGGAGCGCUACGAUGGUGUCUGCGACAAGGAUGGCUGUGAUUUCAAUUCCUAUCGUCUCGGUGCCAGGGACUUCUAUGGCCGGGGCAAGGACUUUGAGCUGAACGCCCGGAAGAAGAUGACCGUUGUCACCCAGUUCAUCACUGAGGGCAACACAGAUGAUGGGGACCUCAUCGACAUCCGCCGAUUCUAUGUGCAGGAUGGCAAAGUCAUCCCGAACUCCAACGUGUCGCUGGCCGGGGUGUCGGGCAAUUCGGUCACCGACAAGGUCUGCGCGGACAUGAAGUCGGCCUUUGGGGACAUCGACGACUUCACUCGGAAGGGUGGCUUGAAGGCCAUGGGAGAGGCUUUGGACCGGGGUAUGGUGCUGGUGAUGUCGCUUUGGGAUGAUGAGGAGGCCAACAUGUUGUGGCUGGAUUCUGACUAUCCCUUGAACAAGGACCCCUCCAUCCCCGGUGUCAGCCGUGGCCCCUGCGCCACAGACACCGGCUUGCCGGCGUACCUCCGCGAGAAGUAUGCUGAGGCUCGGGUCAAGUACAGUAAGAUCAAGGUGGGGACCAUUGGCUCCACCUUUACUGGCUCAGAUGACGACGAAGACGACGACGACGACGGAAUCUGGGAUGAUGAUCGGAGGCUUCAGGAACUGCACAUCUGAGCGAUGUGCUCAUAGGAGGUGCAGUCAAAAAGUUCCACUAGUCAAUGGUUCAAUUUGGGGUUCGG